AUGGGUGAUAUAGUGAAGAGUGGAUACGUCAAGCGCUACAGUAAGAAAUUCUUAAGUGGAGGCUGGAACCAGUCAUUCUUGGAGCUUCAUAGAGACUCACAGCUCAAUGUCUAUAAGAAGCAAGGGGAUUCCAAAUGUCAAGGUUCAAUAUUCUUGAAGGAUGUUGCCAAGUACUUUGCCUAUGGUCAGUACACAGAAGGAAUGCCAGACAGGCCAAGUUUGCCAUCAGGGGCAUCCUAUGACUGCAUUAUGGGUAUCCCCCAGAAACCCAGCAGCAAGGCGAAGAUCCACUGGUUUUUGUUCUCCAGUGUUAAUGAGCUUAAUGAUUGGAUGACAGCAAUUUGUAGCACACUUCCGCCUCCACCUCAACGGGAUAACGUUCAGCAACAGCAGGCCUCUCCUGUCAGUUCAGCACCACUUGUCAGCAGUGCACCACCUGCAAAUUAUGGGCCUCCAUCCCCUGGUCCUGGGCUGGGCUUUGAGAACCUGACUUGUGGCGCAGCACCGCCUCCGUAUUCUGCAGCACCUAAUCAAUACAGACCACCUUCACCAUACCCACAGGGACCACAUUACUCACCACAGCAUCAGCCGUAUGCGCCCCCACCCGGAACUUAUGGCCCCCCACCAGGAACUUAUGGGCCCCCACCUCAAGCCGCAUACCCUCGACCAGCAUACUACCCUGCCCCUGCCCAAGGUUACCCUCAGCAACAGUACCCUCAGCAACAAUACUACCAACAGCAGCCUGCAGGAGGCUACCAAGGCUACCCUCAGCAACAGUACGUUCAGCAGCAGCCCGUGGUUUAUAAGCAGAAAUCUAAGGGAAUUCUGGGUAGCAAAGCUGGGAAAUUGGCUGCAGGUCUUGCUGGUGGCGCUCUGCUAGGAUAUGGAGCAUCCCGGAUGUUAGGAGGAGGCUGGGGUGUCGGCCGGUGGGGAAGCUGGAGCUCUCUUAGCUCUUGUGGUAGUUUUGGUAGCGUUGGAAGUUUUGGCAGCUUCGGCAGUUUUGAUUGA